UUCUAACCUCACUUUCUGUGCGCUUAAAAAACCCUAACCCGUACGUCCUCGCUUUCUCUCCGUCUCCAUCGCUCGUUUUCUCCUUCUACCACUAUCGGCGCCGGUCCUCGGGAGCUUUGUUCUAUGGCGAUGACGGCCGGAGAAGGUCCUUCCUCCUCCUACAGCGCCGGAGCGGGCGGCAAGUUCAGGCGGAAGCCGUUGCGGAGGGCUCAAGCGACGCCGUAUGAUCGGCCCCCGACCGCCCUCCGAAACCCUAGAACCAACAACGGCUGGCUCUCGAAGAUCGUUGUCGACCCCGCUUCCAAACUCAUCUCCGCCAGUGCUCGCCUCUUCUUCUCCUCCCUCUUCCGUAAGCGCCUCCCACCGGCACCGCCACGGCCGGAAGAACCAGUUGCAAACCAGGAAUCAAGGGAUGCGAUGAAUGAAGCAGUUCUUGAUAGUCCUCCUGGAGUGCAACCCCCAUCUGUUAAUAAUAGUGGCAAGCUUCCUGAUAAUUUUGACAGCUGUGGACUUUCUGAACUUGAGCAAAUGUUGAAGGAAAAGACUUUUACAAGAUCUGAGAUUGAUCAUUUGACAGAACUACUUCGUUCCCGAACUAUUGAUAUACCUAAUGAGGAUGAAGACAAAAGGACUAAAUCAAAACUUCCGGAGCCUGUAUCUGCCAAUGGAAGACAACAUGAACUUACCAGUAGUCCAAUUCAAGAAAAUAGGAGAGGGAGUCUCUUAGAGAGGCAUGCUCUUCAUGCGUCCAUUUCAACUCCUGUUGGCCAUUCACAAGUCCUUGAAGAGGAUAUUGCAGCGCCUGCUGAGCUUGCAAAAGCUUACAUGGGCAGUCGGCCUUCAAAAGUGUCACCAUCAGGUUUAGCUUUGCGCAGUUCAGCCGUGACUGGAGAUGCUAGUCUGCUGGGUAAAUCAGCAUUUGCUGCAAAGUCACCUGUCAUGUCAAUUGUGCCAAAGCCAACUGUUCAUGCCAUGGUUCCUGAAAAUGGUUUUCCGACACCAAGAUCUCGAGGCAGAAGUACAAUAUAUAACAUGGCUCGUACACCAUAUUCAAGGAUUUGUUCAUCUACCCAAAAGAGUGCUAGUUCCACAUAUGAUGGUUAUGGCGGACCAUCUGCAUCAUCAUCUCACUUCCCAUGGGAACAUGACCGACAAUCUGGUUCUAAACAGUUGGCCUUAAAACGUAGGAGUUCCGUAUUUGAAGAUGAUAUUGGAUCUGUUGGUCCCAUACGUAGACUUCGUCAGAAAACGAAUUUUUCAACUCCAAAAAGUUUGAGAUUGCCAUCAUCUGGGAGCCCUCUUUCUAUUUGUGGAGCUGGUGGUGGUCCUGAUGCUACUCAAAACACUAUAUCUUCAAUCGGGAUGCUGGCAUCAUUAGAUGCAUCUAACCAUGGGAUCUCUAAGACAGUGGCAGAAAGUGAGAAUAAUACCUUCACUGGUACAGGUUAUACCCCUGUUCCUUCCAAGUCCAGGGAGACAGCUGCAAAAAUAUUAGAGCAGCUUGAAAAGUUGGUUCCAAAGGAGAAAUCAUCAGAGGGCAAGCUCAUUGCUUUGAGGGAGAAAUCACCUAGUAAAUUGGCAUCAAGUGUUUCCCGAGGACAGGCUAUCAGAAUCUUGGAAGAUGUACAUCCACGGACGAUUCUGCACAGUCCUGAAGAUAGUCAAAAGCUGAAAGGCACUGCUCCCCUUGAUUAUUGUGAUAAUACUCUUCCCCCAAAUCAUGUUAAUAAACUUGAAGAAAAUGGCCCAAAAGGGUUUUUGACUUCUGAUGGCACACCGGCUUCUGCAGGAGUCAGCAAUACUGCAGUUUCAGUGAAAGAAACUGUACCUGGUGUUAGAACUACAGAUUCAGUUACCACAAAGUUUUUUGGUCAAUUUUCUUGGAAGAAACAGGCUUUCCAGAUGAGUGCACAUGAGCAUCAUCUGGAGUUGAAUGGUGGGCUCCAAUCUAAUGACGCUGCAUCUACUGAGAUACCAGAAACAACAAAACCGGGGAUAUCACUGGUGGAGAGCAAGCCUAUUUUUUCCAAUGCAGGGAUGGCAGAUCAGACUCCUGUGGUGCCUGAAUUUGAUACACCAGCUGGUCUUGAAUUGAAAAAACCAACAGAUCUUGGAACUUCUGACAGGGCCUUGGUUGAGAAAAGCACUGGGUUUACUUUUCCCAUGUCACCUACUUCGAUCCCAACUUUUCACCCGGUUGUGGCUAGUCCUCAGUCAACAACUGUUUUUGAUAAAAUUGUUCCACCUAAGGAACCAAAUGCAACCCCUUUAUUUAGUUCUAUCUCUAAAAAUGUUGACAAGGUUCCAUCAUUCUCAUCCUCAUCAGCUAUUGGUGAAUCUUCAGGUCUAAAAUCUAGUCUUGAAUUCAAACUAGAGCCAGAAAGUUCAGACAGGUUGGCUCAAGUUGCCUCUGGUGCAAGUGACACCGUGUCAAAACUUCCUGAUUUGGAUAAAGCUGAUAAUAAGAAUGUGCAGAAGUCCACUGACAUUGUCAGCAAAGCAGAAACAUCAAUAUUUUCUGUUCCAACUUCUUCAACCAGCAGCAUUUUUUCUUUUGGUCUUGGGAACAAAUCAUGUUCAAGUAAUGGUUCACUAGAAUCAAGGCUACAUAUGUUUUCAUCGCCUGCUCUAGCUUCCGCAAAUUUUACAAACCAAACUCUCACAAGUAGCUUUCCCAAUGUUGCCUUGACAAGUACAUCUACCAUGACUACAAAUGAAGCCACCACACCACCAUUGUCCAGUAGUACAUCUAGCUCGGGUGCAGCACCUUCAUUGCCGGCUUUUCCUAUUUUUAAAUAUGGUUCUUCUGGUGCUCCAAAUUCAGUUACAGCAGAACUGGUGACAUCUACCACAGAGGCUAUUGAUCCAAAGGGUCAAAGGGAAAUAACCUUAGGCAAUCAAACGACCACCCCAUCUUUUGGUGGCACAUCAUUUGCAAUGGCAAGCAAAGGAAAUAGCAUUUUUGGAUUCACUGCUUCUGCCACCUCUUUGUCUGCCAACAACCUUUCUCAGGAUUCUCCAUUUGGGUCUAGUAGUGGCUCUUUGAUUAGCUCACAGAUCUCUCCUGCUGGAACUGUCACACAGAGUAUACCUGUUCAGGUUGCUUCAUCUGCAUCGUCACCAAUUUUUGGGACAUCUGGGAUCACAUCUUUCAGCAGUAGCAGUCCUUUAUUUGGUUCUUCAUCUACCAGCAGAUCUGUGUUUGGUUCUUCAACCUCUAGCAGUUCUGCAGUUGGUUCUUCAACCUCUAGCAGUUCUUUGUUUUGUUCUUCAACUCCUAAUUUGUUUAGUUCAAGUGCUUUUGGUCAAAGUUCUUCAGCUUCCUUGCCUGAGACCAAUUCUAUGAGCUCUGGCAAUGCUACUUCUAGCUCAUUUGGGUCCAGUUUGCAGCCUACGCAGUCUUCCAUCUUUGGUUCCACCUUAUUUAACACAGAGUCCAAGUCAACAGGGUUCCCAUUUGGUUUAUCAUCUGUCUCUGCUGCUGCUACCAACACUGCUCCUGUGGUGUUUGGGUCAUCUACUGGUGCAUCCACAGUUCCUAUUUUCCCAUUUACUGCUGCUGCUGCUGCUGCCUCUUCCUCCCAAACACAGCCUGUAUUUGACACCUCGUUUCCUGUGUUCACGGCUGCCUCAGGUAAUGGUGAUCAGAUGAACACGGAGGAUAGCAUGGCUGAGGACCCCAAGUCAUCUAUGCCAACAGUUCCUGUAUUUGGUCAACCUGCCAUCCCAUCUUCUUCGCCUGGCUUUGUGUUUGGCGCAACUGCUCGGUCACCUUUUCAAUUUGGUGGCCAACAGAAUCAAAACCCCCUGCAAAAUCCCCCUUCUUUUCAGCCAUCUGGCAGUCAGGAUUUCAGUGCUAGUGGCAGCUUCUCUUUAGGCUCCAGUGAUGGUGGUGACAAGGCUAAUCGGAGAUAUGUGAAAGUCAAACACAAAAAUCGGAAGAGGUAAGACAUUAUGUGAGCGCCACAACUAAUUGGUUCGUGGCAAUCCCCCGUGGAGGCACACACACACAUAUAUGAGAGUUAAUUGGAGGUCAAAUUUGCUCCUUUUCUAUGGGAAAGUAAAAGAGUAGCGGGUGGAGUCUUGCUGUACCAUCUCACAUUGAGCUAGUUGGUGGUGCCACAAUGUUAAUCAGCUCCCUGAGGUGGUCGGAAUUCUGAUGAUUGUGUUAGGGUCUUCUUUUACUAUUUUCCGUCUUUGUUGCCAAUUUUGCCUUGUCGCCUUGCGGGCAUAAAAUGUCUGGCGUUUUUGGAUCUCUCUUUAGUGGACACAAGAAGGGUGGGUUCUCUCAGUUCUGUUGUACCAUUUAUAGUAGUGUACUUUUGUAGAGUUUCUGCUUCAGAAAUUGUGCUAUUACAUAUUUGACAUAAAAGAAAAUCAUCUGUUGGUA